CAGCAUUCGAAAUUCCAUUUUGGAUGUAUAUAAAAUCACAAAUAGAGUAGUAGAAUUACAAUGUAACAGAAUCAUGAAAAUCUUCAAUUCAAUCUGGAUAUUAUGGCUAUUGAUGAUGAUGAUGAUGAUGAUGAUUGAUCAGAUUUCUUGUCGUGUAUAUCAAUAUAAAUCAUUAUUAGAUAGUAAUGGUUUACCCGAAGAAUGUAAUCCAUCACAUAUAAGAAAAUUUAAUGAUUGCCAAGAACAAAUGGAACAAAGAUUCAAUAUUUAUGUUGAUGAAUUUUAUGAAAUAACAGAGAAAUUUUGCUGUUUUGUUUGGGCACAAUGUGAAUGUGAAUUACUUGUGGCACAUGAAUGUAAUGAAACAUUUGCAUAUCAUUUAAAUUAUAAAAUGAAUAAUGAUUUUGGAUCAUUUUGUCAACCAAUUUUAACAUUGGAUGAAUAUCGUUUGAAUAAAUUUUUUACCAAAUGUUUCAUGUUUGAUACAGCAAAUUCAAAAAAUUUCUGGUAUUGGAGCGGUUUAGGCACUAUAGUGAUUCUAAUCACCGAAUAUAGUUGUCCAGAAAUAUUGGCAACUAUAUGGAGAUGGUUUUUAACUGUUAGUGGUGGUUUGGCCAGUAUUCCAUAUCGUUAUUUUAGAUUAGGAAAAGAUGCAAUAUGUAAUUAAAUUCAUUCAUUCAAUUAAACAACAACAAAUAAACUAAAACAAAA